CGCCGCCGCCCCGCAAUGCUGACGGCCGUCUGCGGCUCCCUGGGAUCCCAACCCUCGGACGCGCCCCGCUCCUCCCCGACCCACCUGGACCUGCAGCCGCUCCAACCCUUCCAGCCCCACGGCCCCACCGCGCCGGGGGCCCCCGACUUCGCCUCGCCGCUGCCCCCGCCCGAGCUGCCGCUGCCGGGGCCCGACGACGCCGCCGCCUUCGCCACCCCCGGCGCCUACGAGCCCCAUGGCCCCCCGAGGUUAGAGCUGCCCCCCGACGGCCCCGCCGCUCCCGGAGCCUACGCCAAGCUGCUGCCGGCCGCCCCGGACAUGGCGCAUCCCUACGAGCCUUGGUUUCGACCCCCACACCCCGGACCCCCCGGCGAAGAGGGCGGAGGUGUCAACUGGUGGGACCUCCACGCCGGAGCCAGCUGGAUGGAGCUGCCCCCCGGGCAGGGCGGGGGGUUGCAGGUGCCCCCCGCGCACCCCGGGUUGCCCGCGACCCUGGGUGGAUACGGAGGGGGCGAGCACCAGCUCUGCGCCCCCCCCUCCCACCUGCUGCCCCCGCCGGCUCAGCAUCUCCUGGCAGCCGAGGGGGUGAAGGCGCUGGAGGGGCCCCCGGAGCCGCGGGGGCCGGAGGGGGAGGGCGGGGGGCGGCCGAAGGGGACCCGGCGGGCCGUGCCAAGGGGCGGGGGGCAGGCUGCGUGCCGCUGCCCCAACUGCCAGGAGGCGGAGAGGGGGGGCCCGUGCCCCGAGGGGGUGAAGCGCAAGCACCUGCACAAUUGCCACAUUCCCGGCUGCGGGAAGGCGUACGCCAAGACGUCCCACCUGAAAGCCCACCUGCGCUGGCACAGCGGGGACCGGCCCUUCGUGUGCAACUGGCUCUUCUGCGGCAAGCGCUUCACCCGCUCCGACGAGCUCCAGCGGCACCUCCAGACCCACACGGGCGCCAAGAAAUUCUCCUGCCCCGUCUGCGGCCGCGUCUUCAUGCGCAGCGACCACCUGGGCAAGCACAUGAAGACGCACGACGGGGGCAAGGACGGGGCCGAACCCGAGGGCAAAGGCGCCGGGGACCCGUCGGCCGCUAAGGGAGGCAAGAGGGAAUCGGAGGGGGGCACGGCCGCCCCCACAAACUGAGCCGCUGAGCCCCGGGGGGGACACGGUUGGAGGUGGGGCUGGGGGCGCGGGGGGAAUCCUUCGGGGCCGGUCUCCGAAGGGAUUUAGGAUGGGGGUGGUGGGCGCAGGGCUGGCACCUUGUGCUGGGAGCGGUGGCGAGGCCGGGGACGGGGUUUGGUGGCCCGGCCCCGUCCCCCGGCGCGGCGUUGGGGAGCGCCGCAGCCGGAGCUGCCCCGCGGCGGUUUCACUUGUCCCGCUCCUGCUCUCCCGCCCCGGUUCUCCCUCCCCCCUUUUUUUUUUUUUU